AUAUGUAAUGAAAAAUCUGCUAUUGGUAUAUCCUAUAGCUCAACAGACAAACUAAUUGUACCAGCCUUCUAUUUUGCUUAUGAUAAAAGUUUUACCAUAAGUUGUCUAUUCUUGAAUUUUAAUGAUGAUGUAAUAGCUCCUUGUAAUGAAUAUAUUAUACAACCAGUAAAGUCACCAAAUAGUCAUGACUCUGCUCGUACUUUACUUGGAACCUUUUUACCAAAAGGCAAUAUGAGUUUGAACGGAACAGAUUAUAUUAAGCUUUUAAUAAACAUCACAGAUCCUGCUCCUACUGGACAGUGGACCAUAGCAAUGAAUUCAUUUGAUUCAAGCAAGUUUUUUCAUAAAAUUCAUGGAUACGAUCCAUGGAGUGAAGAUCUUUCUGGUGAUCCAUUUGUUAAAACGCUUGAUUAUAUGAAUUUAUAUUAUUUAUCUAGACAUACAAUUUAUAGUUUAAUGUUCUCUAGCAAAAUUAGAAAUAAGAUAACUCAACUGGAUUUAGCUAAAAUUGGUUUAGAAUCAGAUUACUUUCCACAAUAUUACAUUGAAUCAAGAAUAC